CUAUGUUCUCAUUGACUUGUGUAUAUGAUGAUGAUGAAAGUCCACUCUCUGACUUUGAGAACCCGCUGAUCCGCCCACGCUUGCCCUCUGACGUUUUGCUGGCUGUCGGUGGAUGGAACAUGGGCACUACUAACUGCAUUGAUGCGUAUGACACACGGGCCGACCGCUGGGUGGAUAUCACGCAGGAGGAGCAGAGCAACCUAGCUGGUCAUGGCACGGUGUACCAUAAUGGAUUUGUGUACUGCAUUGGGGGGUUUGAUGGCCAACACUUCAUUAAUUCCGUGCGCAGAUAUGACCCGAUAACACGAGAAUGGCAGCAGAUGGCCCCCAUGCACUGGCAUCGCUGUAAUGUUAGUGUGGUUGUGCUCGAUGGGUUCAUCUACGCCAUGGGUGGCCAUAUUGUUUUCAGGCCCCUCAAUAAAGUAGAGCGGUACAACCCAGUAACCAACGAAUGGACCCAGAUCGAGCCCAUGAAUGAGAGGAGAAGCGAUGCCAGUGCCACCACCCUGAAUGGCAAGAUAUACAUCUGUGGGGGCCACAGUGGAACAGAGAGCCUUUCUACAGUGGAGUGCUUUGACCCACUCACUAACGAAUGGAGCUUGAUCACUCCAAUGAGCACUCCCCGUCACAGCCUUGGAGUCACGGCGUAUAAAGGGAAGAUCUAUGCGGUGGGCGGUAUCAACAGGUCUGAUCACCUGCAGACCAUGGAGGUCUAUGACCAUACCACAAACCGCUGGCAUGCUGUGGCCCCCAUGUCUACACCACGCAGUGAAUUUGGCAUCGCAGUGGUGGACGACCUCCUGUUUGUGAUGGGCGGCCACGAUGGGUUUAGGGUAACAAACAAGGUGGAGUGUUAUGAUGCGGGGACAGGCAGCUGGUAUCGUGCGCAGGACAUGAGCAGAGCCAGAAAACACUUCAGCUGCUGCGUAGUGCCUGCGCACCCCCGCAUCAUAAAAUACGCUUCACCUCGUUAGUCCCUGAUGGCCACCAAGGAGGAAACCCAUCUGCCCACAACAGCAUGCCCAGUACGUAACCUCAUUUACACCCCCCACCCCAAAGUCAUUUUCCAUGGCCUCGCUAAACUCCUCCCACACCUGAGUUUUUGCCUCGAUGACCGCCGAAGCCGCAUUCCAUCAUUUCAUCACCUCUGUCCACCAGCGGGUUCGGG